AUGUCCCAGCACAAACCUCUUCCAGAUCUGCCGCCAAACUAUGCAUUGUCAGUAGAAUCACGAAAUCACCGUGCAGGUCUCAUUCGACAUUUCUUGGAAGAUAUUCAUGAACCUGGAAUCGAGGCGCGUCGCGAUGGAUGGGUGUGCGUGUUUGAGGAGGCUUUGGACGAGAUGAGCGAGGAAAUAGAACGCGAAAACUGGCUGGCAGCGGUGAAGCGAGGAAAACAGUUGAAAAAGAGUCUCGGGAAACCCUCGUCAAGCUCCAAAACCAUUCGAGCGACCCCCGUCAGAGCACCACCUGAAGCAGCCAAGGAUAGUUCCAAGGAAGAUACCACUGCUGGCUCCCAGACUAGCAAAGAUGAUACCAACAUUCUAGCCUCCACAUCCACCGGACCUUCUCCUUUCCAACGCCUCUUUGACUUAAAUUCUCGCCCGCACAUACCUGCAGGAAAGCACCGUCCUGGGCAUCUACUACUCUGCUUGUCACCACAUGGAAGACGACUGCCUUUGCCAACCGAAGAUAGCGGUUUCGACGUCCUACCUGCUAACAUAGGAUGUACUUUCUCACCUGCAACGUUCACUCUGAAGAAAACCGAAACCGAGUCGGAGACCACUAUUUUGUACGGGCUAGAUGGGCUAGAACAUGAUUAUCUUGACACCCAGUUACGGUUAAUUGGAGGAACAUUUACAUUGAAGGGCGUGAAUUCCCCCAUGCAACAUAUGCUACUUUCAAAGGUCCUUCGCCUUGCGAUAUACAUUCACCUGGCUCUGAUUCUUGAGCAACGUCUUCUUCGUGACAGUGGAGUGGAAGUUAAAUUCACUCGGCCUAAACUUCCCGUACCAUCACCAUCGACACCCAGCAACCCCGCAUUGGAGAAAGGGGUCAAUCAAUGGAGGCCGACCCGUCCCAAAAUGCGGAAUAUCCCAUCGAGUUUCACGAAUUUCUUCAUGAAGAGAAGUCUGAGCCACAGGUCACAAACAAUAAAUUCCGUUGGGCGUGGGGGUUCUCUAGAUUUAACCGUGAACCUCGUUCAUGCUCCGACAGUUGAUAUUCCAGUAGAUUCAUCUCCCCGCAGAUCAACUGAUGGACAUGGAUUCAGCGGGUUGCGCCUUAAUCGGUUCUCGUUUCUAGGAGAACGUCGUUUAUCUCUGCGGAGAUCGACACAUUCCUCUACUCCAGUCGAUAGCGGGGCUAUCACGCCAUCCUUACCCUUUGUUGUUGCUUUGAAGCGUAUUGAAGAAUCCAAAGGUUUUUUGUCAACAUCCCCGGGUGUCAUACUCAACGCCCCUAAACUUCUCGUGGACUUGGCCGACAAGGAGAAUCUUAGUAUCGCUGACCUUGAGAAUCAGCCACCCAAAAGGCGACUCAAAGGCGACGAAAGACUGGCUUUGACGAGUUUGUUAGGUUGGGAUGGAAAGGACGCAGAAGGACGCGGAAUGUCUGGUAUCCUCGGUUUCGUUCGCCAACAACAAAUUUCAGUGUUAUGUUCAACCCACGUGCCUCCGGUCGCUCCCGCCAAGACUCCCGCCAAUGUUGCUCCAUCUCCAUCCUUGACGAACACGUCUGAUAUUCCCAGUCAAGGCUCCUCCACCUUUACAACGAAUAGUACGGCAUCCUCCUCAAGUGGGGCAUCUGUUGCCACAGUCUCUCCCAACAACGUCAAGACACCUCCUUUUAACCUACCUACGUCCGGUCUGUCACCUUGCGGUAAACCACACUGGAUAACAUAUCGAUAUUAUUCGAAUGGCGAUAGUACAUUGGGUGAAUGGAUCGAAGAAUUCACAAAGUCAAGUAAUUUACCUUGUGAUAGGCCGGAAUGUAAAUUUACCAGGGGACAACACGAGAUUAGAGUUAUUCAUGACGGAGUCAGGAUCACAUUCCGUUCCUCUAAGACUUCAACGGAAGCAAAGAAGGACGAAGGAGAGACCGAAGGGAAGUCGAAGGAGGAGAAGCCAGUUGGCACCCACGAUGCAAAUGAAAUUAACGACGAACAGCAUAUUAGCGUGUGGGAGACCUGUGCUGUCUGUAAUGCAAGCACUUCAAGAAAAUUAAUGGACGAUGGAACCUACUUAAUCUCAUACGCUAAAUUUCUUGAACUCAUUAUUUAUUCGCCAUCAAUACACGUUUUGACGCCUCCCCUGUGCGACCACACAAAUCCAUCGUCUGGGCCGUCGAAUUCCCUUCAUCCAUCUAGGUUCAACAUUAUCCGACAUUUCUCUACACCCCUUGGUCAAAUAUCGCUGUCGCUUUCGAAGAUCGAGGACAUCUUUGAAUUCAGGGUGCCUCGAUUGCAAAUAACCCGUGGGACUGAAAGAUCAUCCCCUACUCCCACCAGAUACGAUUCAAAACCAGAACCUGAGACAACCGUAGACAAAAAGAAAUUUCUGAGGAAAGAGAUUAAAAGAUGGUGGGAAGGAGUCGCGGACCACAUUGACAAAAUAGAGAAAGUCCUGAACUCCGAGGACGCUACUCAGAAGGCAUUGCCACGUUUGCCGUCAAUAGACGAUGAAUAUGCUGCCUUUGAUGUUACUGCUGAAGGAUCCGGGUCAGUUACCCCAAGAGCCGUUUCUCCUUUGCCUUCUUUGCCACCGACGGCCCCCAAUUCUCCGUCAAAAGAUCAUGGGCCAAAUACAUCAUACUUCACCACCCAAUCCAGUGUCAGCACGGAUACGCAGGCAUCGAAAGCGCCAACAGUGCCACCUAAAGAGGAUCCGGGGCGACUGCUUUCCACGUUGCGACAUAACUUCCAAAAGAUUGAACAAUCUCUCUACAGCCAAUUAGCGAAGACACCCGAAACAUCUUUGAAUGAUGUUAGAAGGUCUUUCAUUGCGACUGGGAAAGGCACACAGAAAAGACUCAAAGCGUGGCAGAAGAAACAUCUUUCCAGUUCGAAAGCGAAGGAAGUGGGUGAUUUGAUCGCCGAAGAGCCAGAAUGGUGGGGUAAAGGAUGUCACGCUGUCCCAGGAGGCAAUAUCAUUGUGAGAGAGGAUGAUUGGGGAAGUAUCAUUGCACACACGCUCAGUACUACCGACUAUCAGCUAGAAUUAGCGAAUCUAUCAAUAGCUCGAGCUGCUUUUGGAGCAUCGCAACCCGCUGCAACCCCCCGUACCAUCACAGAUUCUGGAACGUCGUCCUUUUUCUCUGUGGCUGCUGGUUAUAGGUUAUUCGCAUCCUCAUCGUCGAAGAACCAACCAGAUCCAGACCAGGAAGACGUUGUUUGGAAUGAACCUGAACAAUAUUCUGCUGUCAUAUCAAGGAAGGAGCAUACUCGAGAUCCAACAUCACUACUUUCAAUUAGGGAUGUUCUGAGACAAACAUCGAUCCCGGAGCAACCUAGCGGGACGACUACCCCAUCUCGAUUUGCCAGCUUGUCGAAUGCCACAGCGCAAAUCAUUACGGGCACGAAGCCAACGGCAGUCAAAGCUAAGGCGAAUGUGGGGAUAAGCAAGGAAGCAGUGGAUGGCACUAUGGAUACAUCAGAUAGUGUUGAAACAGGCAUACAGUUACUGCAGGACCUCGAAAACAGUAUCCCUUCCCCGCCUCCCUCUGUCGACUCAGAGAAACCAAGUACUGGAAUUGUGGAGACGCAUAUACGAAGGGUCAAAGACAGCUCUGUUGUUUCUGCUAAUAGUGCAGAAAGUCAGGUCACAGUUGGCAAAGACGACAUUCCUCCACCUUUGCCUCCGAAAGACGGACAGAAAACCCCAAACAGUGUAUCUUCCCCUUCUACGCCAAUUCCCGUGACCCCAGAGGCAUCUGCCAAAUCUGAAACAGUCCACCAUUCUACUGCAUCUGGAUUUGCCAGCACACUAGCCCAUGGAAUCAACUCGGCUGUACGAUAUGUUCUUCAUUCCGAAACAUUGUCACAACCUUCAACUCCUCCACCACCAUCUUCUGCGAAAAAGCAUCAUGCACUACUAGCUGAUAUCACCACUUUCGAUGAACGACCCCAUAUCAAGUAUGAUUGGACCAUUGGUAAACGACUAAAAUUCAGCUGUACGGUCUACUACGCGAAACAAUUCGAUGUUUUGAGAAAGCGAUGUGGUAUCAGUGAUGGAUUUGUUCAGAGCUUGUCAAGGAGCACGAAUUGGGCGGCUGAAGGCGGCAAGAGCAAGUCCAACUUUUGGCAGACUAGCGACAAGCGAUUCGUGAUCAAGACGCUGGUUAAUGCUUGGAAUGUUGCUGAUUUGCAAGUUCUUGUUGAUCUGGCACCUUCGUACUUCCGGUACAUGGACGCAACGGCGAGCAGGGCAACUGUCCUCGCAAAGCUCAUUGGGUUCUACACUGUCGAAAUACGAAAUCUGGAAACUGGCGCUGUUCAGUCGAAGGCCGAUCUCUUGGUGAUGGAAAACCUAUUCUUCGAUAAGAAGAUAAGCAAGACGUUCGACUUGAAAGGCAUCCAAGGAAGGAAGGUUAGGUCACAUGGAGAUACGACGAAGACACUUUUUGACGGGGAGUGGAUUGAAGGUCAACAGCGCACACUGACUUUAGUCCGUCCACAUUCCAAAUUAGUCCUUCAUGAAGCCAUCAAGCACGAUGCGGAGUUCUUAUCCAAGAGUAAUAUUAUGGACUACUCACUCCUUCUGGGAAUCGACGAGGAAAAGAAGGAGAUUGUUUGUGGGCUUGUUGACACUAUAGGCAGCUACACUUUUGCCAAAACCCUCGAAUAUAAGGCGAAGCAAGGUCUUCAAUCGGGUAAAGAAGUUACUGUCAUGCCACCGACAGAAUAUCAAGAUCGGUUUGUUAACGCCCUUGAAGGCUAUUUUGUCGCUUGUCCAGACAAAUGGUCGAAACCCCUAGACGAAUCCUUGGUAAUUCAUGAUCCUUGUCUUUUACCCAGCAUUCUAUAG